CAAAUUAGAGACCCCCGCUUCAUUGAACUCGCCCCAGUUUCAAAAGAAAGUAAAAUGCGACCGCUAGAAAUCACAAGUUUGCUAGUUUCCCCUCAUCUCUCCCUUCAUACGAUAUCCCAAAUUUCUCCAGAGUGUGAAACAAAGAACCAAGCAGCACUCCAACAACUCUCUAUCACUUUCGCUCGAUUCUUUGAAGAGAAAGACGAGUUCUUGAAAAGGGGUUUUUCCCCCUAAUGUGGAGUGAGUCGAAGGAUGGAGUUGAUUGUCCUCAGGCUGAUGAGUCGUAUGAAUUCUGCGCGCCUCGAUUCUUCGAUUUCAUGAACGAGGAGAACGAGGAUGAAAUCAGGACUGCCGAGCUCUGGCUCCAGAUCUCGCAGAGCUAUGCUCCUUUCGUAUGUGUUUUUUUAACUCCUUUUUUUUCCUUGUAAUGUCAUCGCAACGAACUUUCGAAUUUUUUGAUUUGGGUCUUCAUUUGUUGAUUUUCUUUAUUAUUGGGCGCAACAACAGAAACCCAUGUUCUCAAUUUUCAUGUUAGUUUUGAUUUGUGGGUUGAAUUGUGUUUCUUGGUGCAUUUUUAAUAGCUUUCAUGCCAAAGAUCAAAGAAGGGAGAACUAUUCAAAUUGAUACUCUCUUUUAUCCCAAUAUGAUAUUUAGCUUUCUUUUAUAUAUUUAAUAGAAGAAACCAGAUGAUACAACUACUGCAGCAGAUAAAGCAAGAGAUGCCCAAGAUUUGAUUGUUGCUGCUGAAGCUGGAGGAGCUCAGCGGCAUGAAAUGAAUAACGGGAAAAUGUAGAUGGUUAUGUCAUAGUGAUGAUUAAAUGUUACUUACAUUGUUUCUUAUGUGGAAGUUGGUUCCAAUAUCUAGUGGAAAACCUUGCUUUCAGACUCCUGAAGUUAAGCCUUGUGAAACCGAGCGUGACCCUCAAACAGAAGAAAAGUUCAUCUAUGGAGAUCUCUUCCUCUUCUGUUCCAGUAUUGAACAACAACAUCUCUUCUUUCGCAUUUCCUAUUCUUCCAUCAUUCAAUAUCCUUGCAGCUUCAGGUAUCCUGGCAGUACUAAUGUGAAGAACAAUGCCAUGGCUGCUAACAUUGCUCAAGAAGAUCAAGCAAUAAAGAAGCAAAAACUUGAUGGUGGUAGAUCAAGACGGAUACUCAAUGUGAAUACUAGAGUACUCCUUCACAAGUCAAAACCAGAUCCAGGUUGUGGCACAAAUGUAUUUGCUUCACACAAGGAGCAAGCAGCAUACAUAUCGACUGCAGAAAUGAUUAAGAAGUUCCAAUCAAGUACCAGAGACAUAGAGCUCUCACAAAAUAAAGCAGCUUCACAUGAGAGUAGAACUUCAAUGAUGCAAAUGAGGCCUAGACUUAAACUGACAAGGCCAAAGGAACCCGAGUUUCAGACAGCAGCACGAGUUCGUGCAGUGAGGAUAAAGAGCUCUGCAGAGCUCGAGGAAGAGAUGUUGGCGAAGAUUCCCAAGUUUAGAGUUUAUAAUCCCUCUAUAGAUACUUGAGGCACCUACACUUCCUUCUCUGCCCAGAAGUUCUCCAAAGCCACCUGAAUUUAAGGAAUUCCAUCUAAAAACUACGGAGAGGGCAUACCAACACAUGGAAACAUCAUCUGUAGUCUCCUCAGUAGAUGCUACUUAAGAUCAGAAUCACAAUUUGCAAUGUAGAUUAACUGAACCAAGACCUCCUCAGCUUGAAACCUCAUUACGAGCACGACCUCUAAAGAUUAAAAGUUUCCAGGAACUAGAAAUAGAGGAGCUCGAAAAGCUUCCUAAGUUCAAGGCUAGGCCAUUAAAUAAGAAGAUUCUUGAGAGCAAAGGAGACCUUGGAUUGUUUUGCAAUAAAAAAGCUCAAAUAACAACCCCUCAGGAGUUCCAUUUUGCCACAGAUGAGAGGCUUGGUCCUCCAUUGGCAGUUAUGGAAAUGUUUGAUUAGGUAUGCAAUCUUAUAUAAGCUUGUGCCAUUGCUGUUGUUCGCACACGGACGUCAUUUUCCCUGGUUCUUUCAGGAUAGAGGUUUU